UUGGUUUACAUACAAGACAACGUAACAAAAUCAGGAACUGUUCGCAUUGUGUACUGUGUACAAAUAACGUUAGCGCCAUAACACUGAUGUUGUGAAAGGGGAAAGCUUAAAUUGCUUCAUUGAAGGCAGGUAGACAUACGCAUGUCCUGCGAUGGGAAACACUGAAAGUGUCGUGGUGCAGAAACGGCUGACCCGGUUUCGACCCGACGAGCGACCCGUGGUAGAGGGGGUAUUCGAGCAGCUCCAGGCGGGCACUGCUGGUGCAGCUGGGAAGCCUGGAAAAGCUCUGACAGUCGACAUGUUGAAAGCAAGUAUGGGGAGCAUUGCAUCCGAUUCCACAAUAAUGAGGGUCUAUGCAGGCAUGACCAGCAUUGACGAGGGGGCACCGCCAGCUCCUGGUGGGGGGGUGAGUCGCGAGCAGCUGGUGAUCUUCCUGGCAGACACCCUCCGUGGUACUGCAGAGGAGAGGGCACCCCUCGUCAUGGCGAUGGCACAGCAAGGCGGGAAAGGUGCCAUGGCUACUGUUGACCAGAUAAAACAGUUUCUGGAGGACCUGAUCUCAGCUGCAGUGCAGAUUCUGGACCACAGGGGGCGCUUGCGAGGCUGGAAGCCAGAGCACAUGGGAGAUGGCACCAGAGGGGUGAAGCUCCUGGCUGAACAACUGAGCUCAGAGAUCAAAGCGUCAGAUCAGCAGACGUGCGACACCGCUUGCCUGGAGGACUGGCUCUUCCGCGUCUCCUCCGUGGCCGUCUACCUGGAGCUGCUGGUUAGCGAGGGUCUGUCGGUAACGCUGCCCUCCCGGCCGCCCCCCACCCUGCUGCCUCUGUGCCGGGAGCCCCCCUGGGGGCAGCUGCGGACAAGUCUUCUGGACGUGCCCCUGCUGCUCUUCCUGGCGCCCCUGCUGCCAGCGGGCACCAGCGCCCCCUGGAGGCUGCUCUUUUCCACGCACCUGCACGGCGAGAGCUUCACACGGCUGGUCAGCGGCUGCAAGGGCCGCGGCCCCACCGUGCUCCUGCUGCGUGACACCAAGGGUCACGUGUUCGGUGGCUUCGCCUCACACAGCUGGGAGAUCAGGCCCCAGUUUCAGGGAGACUCCAGGUGCUUUCUCUUCUCCGUGUCCCCCUGUAUGCGAGUGUACACCUGCACUGGCUAUAACCAGCAUUACAUGUACCUGAACCAGGGACAGCAGACCAUGCCCAAUGGCCUGGGUAUGGGAGGGCAACAUGGCUACUUUGGGCUGUGGCUGGACAGUGACUUCGGUCGUGGGCACAGCCGUGCCAGGCCAAAGUGCACCACGUACGGCAGCCCCCAGCUGUCGGCUGAGGAGGACUUCAGCGUGGACGUUCUGGAGCUAUGGGCUGUCAGCGAGCCCCCUGAGCAGGAACAGGAUGAGAACAAGAGGAGCAUUCUGGAUGUGGACCCAGAGGUGCAGGCCAUGAUUGAGAUGGCAGGGAAGACGUUACACAGCCAAGGCCUGAGAGAGCCAGAGGAGGACGAGCAGUAGAGAGAGGGAGAGGGAAAGAGAGAGGGGGGGGGUGGAGAUAUCCUAAAGAAUAUUUAGUAUUAAUAAAGAGUAUUUG